CAAACCCUGAGCAUCGCUGGGUUAAUUGUUGCUUGACGCUCUCGAGAGCGGCUUGUGUCUCGGAGAAACGCCUGCUGUGAAGAGCGGGUCGGCGGGACCGUAGAGGAGACCAGCUGCGGAAACCCACGGAACCAAGAAGCUGAGGGCACUGGUUCUCCGGCGAGCUCUUCUCUCAAAGGACCAGCUUCCAGGCGGCGUUGCCGUGGUGACGGAGCUCGCUAUUUAGAUGUGGCAACUCGCCGAGGCACAGCGUUUGCAGACUAUCUGCGACAGAGGCUCACAGGACCAACGCCAAGAUGAUGCUCUCAAGGGCCAAACCCGCUGUAGGCGGGGAAUCACCUCAUACUGACAAAAGAAAGAAGAAAGGUAGGAAGAUUCCAAAACUAGAGGAUCUACUUUCUCAAAGAGAUUUCACUGGCGCCAUUACCCUAUUGGAGUUCAAACGCCAUGUUGGGGAGCAAGAAGAUGAUACUAACUUGUGGAUUGGAUACUGUGCUUUUCACCUGGGUGACUACAAGAGAGCUUUGGAGGAAUAUGAAAAUGCAACGAAGGAGGAAAACUGCAAUCCAGAAGUGUGGGUAAACUUGGCCUGCACCUACUUUUUUCUCGGGAUGUAUAAACAAGCAGAAGCUGCUGGGUUUAAAGCUCCAAAAAGCCGGCUCCAAAACCGCCUGCUGUUCCAUCUGGCUCACAAGUUUAAUGAUGAGAAGAAAUUGAUGAACUUUCACCAGAAUCUUCAGGAUAUCAAGGAGGACCAGCUUAGUUUGGCUUCAAUCCACUACAUGCGAUCCCAUUACCAAGAAGCUAUUGAUAUAUACAAACGGAUACUGCUGGAUAACAGGGAAUAUCUGGCACUCAACGUUUAUGUGGCGCUCUGCUACUACAAAUUGGAUUACUAUGAUGUGUCUCAAGAAGUCCUGGCUGUUUACCUUCAGCAAAUACCUGAUAGCACCAUUGCUCUCAACCUUAAGGCCUGCAAUCACUUUCGCCUUUAUAAUGGCAAAGCAGCUGAGGCAGAGCUCAAAAGCUUGAUGGACAACGCCUCUUCACCCUUUGAAUUUGCUAAGGAACUUAUCAGGCACAAUCUGGUUGUUUUCCGAGGAGGCGAAGGGGCUUUGCAGGUUUUGCCUCCCCUAGUUGAUGUCAUUCCUGAAGCUAGGCUGAACCUAGUGAUUUACUACCUUCGUCAAGAUGAUGUACAGGAAGCUUAUAACUUAAUCAAGGAUCUGGAACCUACUACGCCACAGGAGUAUAUCCUCAAGGGAGUUGUCAAUGCAGCCCUUGGCCAGGAAAUGGGUUCGAGGGAUCAUAUGAAAAUUGCCCAGCAGUUUUUCCAGUUGGUAGGAGGAUCAGCUAGUGAAUGUGAUACAAUACCAGGGAGGCAGUGCAUGGCUUCCUGUUUCUUCCUGCUUAAACAAUUUGAUGAUGUCUUGAUUUACCUCAACUCUUUCAAGAGUUACUUCUAUAAUGAUGACAUCUUUAACUUUAAUUAUGCCCAAGCCAAAGCUGCAACAGGCAAUACCAGUGAGGGUGAAGAGGUUUUCCUCUUGAUCCAAAGUGAGAAGUUGAAAAAUGAUUACAUUUACCUCAGUUGGUUAGCUCGCUGCUACAUCAUGAAUAAGAAACCAAGGCUAGCUUGGGAACUUUAUCUCAAGAUGGAAACCUCCAGCGAGUCCUUCAGCCUCUUACAGCUCAUUGCCAAUGACUGUUACAAGAUGGGCCAGUUCUACUAUUCAGCCAAAGCUUUUGAUGUCCUAGAGAGGCUGGACCCCAACCCUGAGUACUGGGAAGGCAAAAGGGGUGCCUGUGUGGGCAUUUUCCAGAUGAUUUUAGCUGGGAGAGAGCCCAAAGAGACCCUCCGAGAAGUGCUGCACUUACUGAGAAGCACAGGAAACACCCAAGUGGAGUAUAUCAUCAGGAUCAUGAAGAAAUGGGCCAAGGAGAACAGAGUGCCCAUCUAAACAGCCGAGCCCAGGCCAGGGACCAGCUUUCUCUCACAUCAAGUUGGUACUGUUUUCCGUACUUGAGUAUGUGACCCAGGAUCCUGUUUGAUUGACAUUUACUUCCUUGCCCUUAGAGCGUCAAGAAGAGUGCUGGUAUGUGUGGACUGAGCCAACGGCGGCACAGACCUCCCUGGUAAUCUAUGGUGAAAGGACUUUGAACUUCCCUGGUGCCUUCCUUCCAGAAUCACUCAAAAUAUUCAUAAUUUACUGGCUUUUAAGAAUAGGUAAUAGUCUUGUUUUUCUUUCUCUGUUAGCAGUUCAGGACAUUUUCUCCUAGCUGCAAUGACAAGUACCUAUGUACUAAAGAAUUGCAUCAUUUGAUCGUCUUCUGUCAGCUUGUACAUUAGCCCAUCCGUGAAGAAUACAGCUCUGAGUCCUGGGGAGAGGCUUCCGAGCUGUGUGAUUGAGGAUGGCCAUGAGACCCUCUACCAAACUGCAGUUAUUAGUAGACAGUACGCUUAUGGGAUCACUCAGUAAGUGAAUUGCUGCUCAUUGCACUUGUUAGAAUGAGACAGGUUGAGUACUGUAGGUUUUUAAAAAGUAAAAGAAAAAACUUGGCAUCUCUGAGGGUGUACAAAUCUCAGAGUUGCUGCUCCCUUGUAUUUUAAGAAACAAAGCCAGGACAAGCUUCUUCAUAUAUCUGCUGAAAGCAUCAGUUUUCAACACAGGGCUGGGAAGAUUUCAUGAUACAUAUGCACAUUUGUUUUGGUUUUAGUAUUUUUUUCAAGAUAGGGUUUCUCUGUGCAUUCCUGGCUGUUUUGGAACUCAUUCUGUAGACCAGGCUGGCCUCAUUCUUGUGAAACUUACUCUGUUUUACGUACUCUCCUGGGAGCUGUUGGCAUCUUCUAGCGAACUGCUAUUCAGAUCCUCAUUCCUGAAAGACACUCAUUUACGCUGGUGUACUUCCCAGUGAGGUGGUUUGAGUUGACUACUCAGUGGUCUCUAUAACAUUUUCCUGUCUUGAGGAAAGGAUGUCUUCCCCCAACAACAGAAUUUUAGAUUCCUUUGUUAAAAGUUUUUAAUCUACAAGAAUGAGACAGAAACAUGAAGGCUACUUAAAGAGAAGCACAUGCAAUUCUGUUAGGAGGUAUAAUGCUUCUGAUUGUCUUGGCAAGGUUUCAGGCUUCUUGUGUUCUCUCACAGAUAAGCCCAAGGGAGAAGAAGGCCCCAGGCUGUGGAAUGUGUAAUAUGUACAAUCUAGAGCAUCAAUGUACUUUUUAAAAUCUGUAGUAUAUACUUACAAAUGGAAAAAAAGCUUUUACAAUUAUUUUUAUACUGCAAAAGAAUUAUAUAGCACUGUACUAUUUCUAAAUUAAACUUUAUUUUUUGGUUCUU